GCUAACGGAAGGUCCAGUCUCAUUGCCCUGGAUUACCAGGCAUUAAUCCCGUUUGCAUUCCGGGCUCCUCGCUAAUCUUCUCCCCUAGCUGCUGAGGGGAUUGCAGAGAGCCAUUCUGGCCGGGCCGGGGUCUGGGAGCCGGACAGGACAGGACAGAGCAGGACUGGAUGCCAGGGAUUAAGAUGUUCAGUUGGGUGGAGAGAGUGGUCCCUCAGCCUCCAGACACCUUCCAAAAGCUGAAGACGGAUGAGGCGGAGAUGUGGGAGCCCAGUUCGGCCUCACAACCGACAGCAGCUCCUGAAGAUCCUGAGGCGGAGGCCGCAUCAGGGCCCCCAGGAGAGAAAUCCAGAUGUGCAGAAAUGCCUCCCAGCUGCAAGAGUCCCGAAGAGACGGAGAUUUUUCUGCCCUCGGACCCAAGCCAGGUGGCAGUGGUUCCAGUUAACAGUCCCGGAGGGUGGGUCCUGGAUUGGUUGAUGAGGAGCCUGGGAAAAGUGGUGCCUCAGCCAAUCCACAGUCUGACGACGCUCCAGUCUGUGGCCCCGAGCGGCGAGACCAGCGUCGACGUCCCCGAUCAGACUGAAGUCCAGAUCAUCCAGGAAGAGGAGGAGGAGGAGGAGGAAGAGAAGGAAGAAGUAGAAGAGGAGGGAGAGGAGAACAAAGAAGAGCUUCCAGCUUCUGAAGUGCACAUCGGGUCUAAACAAUCUGCAGACGGCUCCGCCCAAUCUGAGGAUGGCUCCAAUGCUGCCCAAGUAAGAGGGACCGGCCAAAAAAUCGUGGACUGGUUGGUGCAGAGGCUGGAUAAGGUGCUUCCUCAACCCGAGCCCCUGAAAAAGCCCGAGGAAGUGAGGAAAUCGCCUGAAGAAACAGCUGUGGAACAAGCAUCACCGUUGCAGGAGACCCCACCACCCUCAGCCCAGCUUACUCCACCUGAGCUGAUUCAGCUUCUGACCCCGGAAAGCCAUUCAGACGCCUCUUACCCAUCUCCACCCCAAAGGGUGGAUGAUGUCAGGGUUUUUGGGUGGCUGAAGCAGCAGCUGGAGAUGGUGAUCCCCCAGCCCGUCCUCAGGGUGAAGGAGGAGAAAGAGCAGCUCAGCACACAGGUGGUGGAUGCGUUAGCCCUAAGCCCUGGGCAGUCUGGGAGGGAGUCGGUUUGAGGCCUCUGAAACAAACAGAGAAGGAAGGCACGGGGGCCAACUCUUUCUAGACUAGAUGAACGAAACCAGACCGAAGAGAGAACAUGAUGGGGGAGGGUGAAAAAAAUGGCUCCAGUUUCAUCCAAUCUGAAAACCAAGCUCCUGUUGUAGCUUUCCUCUAGCUUUCCUGGGAUUUUAGGUCCGAGUUCUGAUCCCAAG